AUGGCUCCGUUAGCAAACGGCUCCAAUGGCGCCGCCAAUAGCGUAGCCUCUUACGCCGAGAAGCACAAUCUUGCCGACCACUUUAUUGGAGGCAACAACCUGCAAACUGCUCCUGCUAGCAAGGUCAAGGACUUUGUCGCUCAACAUGAUGGUCACACUGUCAUUACAAACGUUCUCAUCGCCAACAAUGGUAUCGCCGCCGUCAAGGAGAUUCGUUCCGUCCGGAAAUGGGCGUACGAAGUCUUUGGAGACGAGCGCGCCAUCCACUUCACAGUCAUGGCCACCCCCGAGGAUCUCCAGGCCAACGCAGACUACAUCCGCAUGGCUGACCACUACGUCGAGGUCCCCGGAGGUACGAACAACCACAACUACGCCAAUGUUGAGCUCAUUGUCGAUAUUGCCGAGCGUAUGAACGUCCACGCCGUCUGGGCCGGCUGGGGCCACGCCUCGGAAAACCCCAAGCUCCCCGAGUCCCUCGCCGCCUCCCCCAACAAGAUUGUCUUCAUUGGCCCCCCGGGAUCCGCCAUGCGCUCGCUUGGUGACAAGAUUUCCUCAACCAUUGUUGCCCAGCACGCCCAAGUGCCCUGCAUCCCCUGGUCCGGGACCGGUGUUGACGAAGUCGAGGUGGACGACAAUGACAUCGUCACCGUUCCUGACGAAGUCUACGCCAAGGGCUGCGUCUACUCGUGGGAGGAGGGUUUGGAAAAGGCCCGGCAGAUUGGCUUCCCCGUCAUGAUCAAGGCCUCCGAGGGUGGUGGUGGCAAGGGUAUCCGCAAGGCUGAUAGCGAGGAGGGCUUCGAGGCGCUCUACAGGGCCGCCGCCAACGAGAUCCCCGGGUCCCCCAUCUUCAUCAUGAAGCUGGCCGGCAAUGCCAGGCAUCUCGAGGUCCAGCUUCUGGCUGACCAGUACGGAAACAACAUCUCCCUCUUUGGCCGUGACUGCUCCGUUCAGCGUCGCCACCAGAAGAUUAUCGAGGAGGCCCCCGUCACCAUUGCCAAGGAAGACACCUUUAGGCAGAUGGAGGAGGCUGCUGUCAGGCUAGGCAAGCUGGUCGGCUACGUCUCUGCUGGAACCGUCGAGUACCUCUACUCCCACGCCGAUGAAAAGUUCUACUUCCUCGAGCUCAACCCUCGUCUCCAGGUCGAGCACCCUACCACAGAAAUGGUUAGUGGCGUCAACUUGCCCGCCGCUCAGCUGCAGAUCGCCAUGGGCCUGCCCCUCCACCGCGUCCGCGACAUCAGGCUACUCUACGGCGUCGACCCCAAGACGUCGAGCGACAUUGACUUCGGCUUCCAGCUAGAGGGUACCGCCCAGACCCAGCGCCGUCCCCGCCCCAGGGGCCACACUACCGCCUGCCGCAUCACCUCCGAGGAUCCUGGUGAGGGCUUCAAGCCUUCCAACGGUGUCAUGCACGAGCUCAAUUUCCGUUCCAGCUCAAACGUCUGGGGUUACUUCUCCGUCGGUACCCAGGGUGGCAUCCACAGCUUCUCCGAUUCACAGUUCGGCCACAUCUUUUCCUAUGGCGAGAACCGCACCCAGUCUCGGAAGCACAUGGUUGUCGCCCUCAAGGAGCUGAGCAUUCGUGGUGACUUCAAGACCACCGUCGAGUACCUCAUCAAGCUGCUCGAGACCGAGGACUUCGAGGACAACACAAUCUCCACAGGCUGGCUCGACGAGCUCAUCUCGAAACGCCUGACGGCCGAGCGCCCCGACCCCAUGCUCGCUGUCGUCUGCGGUGCCGUCACAAAGGCCCACAUCGCUAGUGAGGCGUGCCUCGCCGAAUAUCGUGCCGGUCUCGAGAAGGGCCAGGUACCCCCUAGCCACAUCCUCAAGACUGUAUUCGCCAUUGACUUCAUUUACGAUGGCUACCGCUACAAGUUCACCGUCACCCGCUCCAGCACCGACAGCUACCACAUCUUCAUUAACGGCUCCAAGUGUUCCGUCGGUAUCCGUGCUCUCAGGGACGGUGGCCUGCUCAUCCUGCUUGACGGCCACAGCCACAACGUCUACUGGAAGGAGGAGGUCGGCGCCACCCGCCUCUCUGUCGACUCCAAGACGUGCCUGCUCGAGCAGGAGAGCGACCCUACGCAGUUGCGCAGCCCCAGCCCUGGAAAGCUCGUCGGCUACACCGUCGAGAGCGGCACCCACCUCCGCGCCGGCCAGGCCUACGCUGAGGUAGAGGUCAUGAAGAUGCACAUGCCCCUCACCACCCAGGAGGACGGUGUGGUUCAGCUCAUCAAGCAGCCCGGAGCCGUUCUCGAGGCCGGUGACAUACUCGGCAUACUCGCUCUCGACGACCCUAGUCGCGUUAAGCAGGCUACGCCCUUUGUCGGGAAGCUGCCCGAGUACGGCCCCCCCGUCGUCGUCGGCACCAAGCCCGCCCAGCGCUUCAACCUCCUCUACAGCACCCUCCAAAACAUUCUCGAGGGCUAUGACAACUCGGUCGUGAUGGCUGCCACCCUGCAGAAGCUCAUAGAGGUUCUGCGCGACCCCGAGCUGCCCUACAGCGAAUGGAACGCCCAGUUCUCGGCCCUGCACGCCCGCAUGCCCCAGAAGCUCGACGCCCUCUUCACCCAGAUUGUCGACCGCGCCCGCACCCGUCAGAGCGAGUUCCCCGCCAAGACCUUGCACAAGGCCCUUGCUAAGUUCCUGGAGGAGAGCGUGGCCCCUAGCGAUGUCGCCGCCCUCGAAGCCACCCUUGAGCCCCUCACCAAGGUCGUCGACCUCUACAUUGAAGGCCAGAAGGCACGCGAGCUUAAUGCCAUCCGCACCCUGCUCGAGACCUACUGGCAGGUUGAGUCGCUGUUUGUGAACCAGCCUCAGGAGGAGACGGUUGUCCUCGCCCUGCGUGACCAGCACAAGGACGACAUCACCAAGGUUGUCCACACGGUCCUGUCCCACAGCCGCGUCAGCGCCAAGAGCAACCUCAUGGUCGCCAUCCUCGACGAGUACAGGCCCAACAAGCCUAACGUUGGCAACGUCCCCAAGUAUCUCCGCGACAUCCUGCGCAAGCUCGCCGAGUUGCAGCACUCGCGUUCCACCUCAAAGGUCUCGCUCAAGGCCCGCGAGAUUAUGAUCCAGUGCUCCCUGCCUUCGCUCGAGGAGCGUGCCUCUCAGAUGGAGCACAUCCUCCGGUCUUCGGUGGUCGAGUCGCGCUACGGUGAGUCGGGCUGGGACCAUCGCGAGCCUAGUCUCGACGUCCUGAAGGAAGUCGUCGACUCGAAGUAUACCGUCUUUGACGUCCUGACCCUCUUCUUUGCCCACGAGGACCCCUGGGUCGGCCUGGCUGCACUCGAGGUCUACGUCCGCCGUGCCUACCGCGCCUACAUUCUUAAGAAUAUUGACUACCAGACUGACGACGCGGGCACGCCCCUCUUUGUGUCGUGGGAUUUCAACCUUCGCAAGAUGGGCCAGUCCGAGUUCGGCCUCCCCAUGCAGUCCCCUGCCAUCUCCACCAUCGCGACCCCGUCCACCCCGGGCGAGUACCCUGGUCUCGGCAGCGCUGGUGCCGGCGAGGGCAGCAGCGGCCAUGGCCUGGGAGGGCGCAUCCGCUCCGUCAGCGACAUGUCGUACAUCAACGCCAGGAUGGACGAGGAGCCGAACCGUCGCGGUGCUAUCGUGCCCGUCAAGUACAUUGACGAUGCCGAGGAGCUCCUCCAGAAGGCCCUGGAAGCCCUGGGCCCGUCCAGCGAGGGCUCCAAUGACGACGGCCCCGACCUGAAGAGCAACCUGAGCCGCCAGCGCAACCCCGCCGUGUCCGGCAAAACCAAGCGGAUCCACCUCGGCGAGCUGUCGGCCGUCAUUAAUGUCGCCAUCCGUGACGCUGAGGGUGACAGCGACCAGGUGACUCUGGAGCGCCUGCAGCCCAUUGUCGACGAGUUCAAGGAUGAGCUCCUGCACCGCGGCGUGCGCCGGCUGACCUUCAUCUGCGGAUACCGCGACGGCUCGUACCCCAGGUACUAUACCUUCCGCGGCCCCGAAUACGACGAGGACGCCAGCAUCCGUCACAGCGAGCCGGCUACGGCCUUCCAGCUGGAGCUGGCCCGUCUUUCCAAGUUCAACAUUAAGCCCGUCUUCACCGAGAACAAGAACAUUCACGUCUAUGAGGGCAUUGGCAAGACCGUCGGUACGGACAAGCGCUACUUCACCCGUGCCGUCAUCCGACCGGGACGUCUCCGUGAUGAGAUCCCCACAGCCGAGUACCUCAUCUCGGAGGCUGAUCGCGUUAUCAAUGACAUCUUCGACGCCCUCGAGAUUAUCGGCAACAACAAUUCGGAUCUAAAUCACAUCUUCAUGAACUUCACACCCGUCUUCCAGCUGCACCCCCGCGAGGUUGAGCAGAGUCUGCAGGGCUUCCUCGACCGCUUUGGCGCCCGUGCCUGGAGGCUGCGUGUCUCCCAGGUUGAGAUCCGCAUCAUCUGCACCGACCCCAAGACUGGCGAGCCCUAUCCCCUGCGUGUUAUUGUCACCAACACGUCGGGCUUCAUCGUCGACGUUGACAUGUACGCCGAACGCAAGUCGGAGAAGGGCGCUUGGCUCUUCCACAGCGUCGGCGGCACCAAGGAGAAGGGCCCCAUGCACCUGCUGCCUGUGUCGACCCCAUACCCCACCAAGAACUGGCUGCAGCCCAAGCGCUACAAGGCUCACCUCAUGGGCACGCAGUAUGUCUACGACUUCCCGGAGCUGUUCCGCCAGGCCAUCCAGAACAGCUGGACCAAGUCUAUCAAGGCCAACCCCGAGCUGUCGGGCCAGCAGCCCAAGACUGGCGACUGCUUGGUCUUCACUGAGCUCGUCCUCGACGACUCCGACCGCCUGGAUGAGGUCAACCGUGAGCCUGGCACCAACACCUGCGGCAUGGUCGGUUGGGUUUUCCGCGCCCGCACCCCCGAGUACCCCUCCGGCCGUCGCUUCAUCGUGAUCGCCAACGACAUCACCUACAAGAUUGGCUCGUUCGGCCCCAAGGAAGAUAAUUUCUUCUACAAGUGCACCGAGCUCGCCCGUCAGCUAGGUAUCCCCCGCAUCUACCUGUCAGCCAACUCGGGUGCCCGCCUGGGUCUCGCCGAGGAGCUCAUGCCCCACUUUAGGGUCGCCUGGAACGACGUCACCAAGCCUGACGCUGGCUUCCGCUACUUGUACCUCGACGAUGAGAUUCAGGAGCGCUUCAAGGACACCGUCAUCACCGAGCCUAUCACUGAGGGUGGCCAGAAGAGGAACAGGAUUGUCACCAUUAUCGGCCAGGAGGACGGUCUCGGUGUCGAGUGUCUGAAGGGGUCCGGUCUCAUUGCCGGUGCCACCAGCCGUGCCUACAAUGACAUCUUCACCAUCACCCUGGUGACUUGCCGUUCAGUCGGUAUCGGUGCUUACCUUGUGCGACUCGGUCACCGCGUGGUCCAGAUCGAGGGCCAGCCCAUCAUCCUCACGGGUGCUCCCGCCCUCAACAACCUUCUAGGUCGCGAGGUGUACACGUCCAACCUGCAGCUGGGCGGUACGCAGAUCAUGUACCGCAACGGAGUGUCGCACAUGACGGCUCCAGAUGACUUUGCCGGUGUCUCGCGCAUUGUCGAGUGGCUGUCUUUUGUGCCUGAGAAGCGCAACAGCCCUCUGGCCCUCAGCCCCUUCCCCGACGAGUGGGACCGCGAGAUUGCCUACUACCCGCCCCAGAAGCAACCGUACGAUGUGCGGUGGUUGAUUGCUGGAAAGGACGAGGACGAUGGCAGCUACCUUAGCGGCCUGUUCGAUAAGGACUCGUUUGUCGAGACCCUUGGCGGCUGGGCUCGCACCGUCGUGACUGGUCGCGCCCGCCUUGGUGGCAUCCCCAUGGGUGUUAUCGGUGUCGAGAUCCGCUCUGUUGAGAAUAUCACCCCUGCUGACCCCGCCAACCCCGACUCAAUUGAGCAGAUUGGCAACGAGGCCGGUGGUGUGUGGUACCCUAAUUCUGCCUACAAGACGGCCCAGGCCAUCAACGACUUCAACCACGGAGAGCAGCUGCCGCUCAUGAUCCUCGCCAACUGGCGUGGAUUCUCGGGUGGCCAGCGCGACAUGUACAACGAGGUGCUCAAGUACGGAUCGAUGAUCGUCGACGCCCUGACGAACUACGAGCAGCCAAUCUUCAUCUACAUCCCACCGUUUGGCGAGCUGCGUGGUGGUUCAUGGGUGGUGGUUGACCCGUCGAUUGCCCCCGACACGAUGGAGAUGUACGCCGACGCUGAAUCUCGCGGCGGUGUUCUGGAACCUGAUGGUAUCAUUGGUAUCAAGUACCGCAAGGACAAGCAGCUGAAGACCAUGGCUCGCCUGGAUCCUACGUACGCCGACCUCAAGAAGCAGCUCGAGGACACGUCAUUGUCAGAGGAGGCUGCCGAGGAGGUCAAGGCUAAGAUGGCGGCGCGCGAGAAGGCUCUGCUGCCUGUAUACGCCCAGAUUGCUGCGCAAUAUGCCGACCUGCACGACCGCGCGGGUCGAAUGAAGGCCAAGGGUGUGAUCCGCGACCAGUUGGAGUGGGUGAAUGCCCGUCGCUUCUUCUACUGGCGUCUACGUCGCCGUGUCAACGAGGAGUACAUCCUCAAGCGCAUGACGACCACAGUGCUGGCCAGCAGCCAGCAGCAGAGCACUGCCAAGACGAGCGAGCUGCGCGCUCAGCACCUUCUCCUGCUCAAGAGCUGGUCUGGCCUGGAGGAUUGGGACAAGAAUGACCGUCGCGUGACGGAGUGGUACGAGAGCGACAGGAAGGUGAUUGGCGAAAAAGUGGAGGCUCUGCGUGCCGAGAAGCUGGCUACGGACGUGGCUGCUCUGGUGCGUGGCAACAUGAAGGCGUCUCUCAAGGGAGUGAGGGACGUGAUGAGGGUGAUGCCCGUGGAGGAGAAGGAGGCACUGUUGAAGUACCUAAGAGAUUAG